UGCUCGGUUGGUUCUCAUUAUCAUUUACUUGAGAAUAUUCGAAAUGGCAGUAAUUCGCUAUGUGGUGUUCCUUAGUUGCUUAAUCGCAGCCGCCAUUGCUCAGGAAGAAAAAUACACCGACAAAUAUGACAACAUUGACAUCCAGGAGAUCCUAGAUAACAAGCGGUUGUUGCACUCUUACAUUGACUGCCUGAUGGAAAGAGGAAAGUGUACUGCUGAAGGGAAGGAGCUGAAAGAACACAUAGUAGAUGCCCUGGAGACCGGCUGCGAGAAAUGCACAGAAAAUCAACAGAAAGGUACACAUAAAGUCAUCGAGCACUUGAUCAAGAACGAACUGCCGGCGUGGAAGGAACUGUGUAAAAAAUAUGACCCUUCAGGCAAUUUCCGCAAGAAGUACGAAACCAUCGCUAAGGAAAAAGGCAUUGAAAUCCCCGAGGACAAGUAAACAAAAUUAAAUGAAGAACGAAGAAAUAACCAUAGAGUUCCUAAGGUGAUGUAGAACUUCUUCUUAGUCUUUUGUACUCCCU